AUGGAAAUUGGUUGUUCUCCAGAAGAACCAACAGGAAUUGGUUCUUCUUCUUCUUGUUCUUCUUCUCCUUACAUCCCAAAUUCCACUUUUUCUGAACUUGGGCUCCAAGAAAAGAUGAAUUCCAGAAGCCCAUUCAGUCCUAAAAUGGAAAUUGUUUCUUCUUCAAAACAACCACAAGAUUUCGAAAUUGGUUCUUCAAGAAGCAGAGUUGCAGAAACUGGUUCAUUGGAUUUGGAAAAUCAACCAAGAAUUGGACAAACCAUCACUGAUCCAGACAACAAUGAUACUUAUAUUCUCAACUUGCAAAUUGGGUCUUUUUCUAAUGGACAUUGCCCUGUUUACAAAGCUAAGUUUUUCAAAUAUUUGAUUGACGUUGGUAAAUCCAUCCCUUAUGGCUAUGUCACUUUAAAGAUCGUCAAUAUGAAUCUCCAUGAGCAUGAACUCCACUUGGUUCUAAGUCAAAGUCAUCCACGCGUUACUUAUCGAAAGAAUCCCAACAUAAUUCGAUGCAAGAAAACUUUCAUAGCUGCCAAUUUGUUUUGCAUUGUUUUGCCUUAUAUGUCUGAGGGAUCGCUUCGUUCCAUUCUCUCCACUCGUCCCGAAAAGAAAUUGCCAGAGAAUUUCAUUCCUGUUGUUCUUAGAGAAGUACUUCUUGGUCUACGAGACGAACUUCAUAUUUUCUACACUCCAAUGCUUCAUAAGAGUUUGAGUGCCGGAGAUAUCUUUAUUGACAUCCACAAUUAUACUAAAGAAAUGUCGAUCAAGUUAGCAUUUGAAAUUUCUACUUAUGAUUUAGAACCCCAAGAAGCUAGUUUGUUUUUGAAUACGAAAAGUAUUUCUAUAUGGGGUGCUGCACCAGAGGUGUUUGAGAGUGAAAAUGAGGAUAACAGAGGAGCAAAAUCUGAUAUAUGGCUAUUGGGGAUAACAGCACUGGAAUUGGUGUAUGGGACUUUACCUGUGAUGAAUCGUACAGACUUGAACUAUAUAAUCAACAAGUUAAGGGAGAAGAAGAAAUUUCCAAGAUCACUUGAAAAGAUGAUCCUUAAGAGGGAUAAGAAACUCAAGAAAGUGAUGGAUUUUGCUAAACGAAAGAAAAGGGUGUUCUCGCAGGAGUUUGAGGAGAUGGUUCUUUCUUGUCUUAGAGAGGAUCCUGACGACAGACCAACUGCUGAUGAGCUUUUGAGAACACCAUUCUUUAGUGAUAUUGAAAGGUUUAAGCAAUUUGUGUUGAGUGAGCAGUGA